AAAUCGACUGUAUCUCCCAUUUUCAUUUUUCACAAAAGAACCAGAAAUCUCUCAUAACUGGACGUCCCUUGGAACCAAAUGGGGUUGACCAAGUUUUUUUUAGCUCUGUACUUGACAGGUUUAAUCCUAACCCAUGUCAUUGUCUCCGUAACCGGAGACGACAGGCAAGACUUCCUGGAUGGACACAACACAGCUCGUGCCGAGGUCGGCCAUGGCGUUGAGCCACUUGUCUGGAACUACACCCUUGCAGCCUACGCUCAAGCUUAUGCUAAUAAGAGGAUCCCAGACUGCAAGAUGGAGGAAUCGGAUCCGGAUGGGCCCUAUGGAGAAUGCCUUGCUGCAGGUUAUGGUGAGUUCAGCGCUGUAGAUGCAGUGAAUGGGUGGGUGAGUGAGAAGCCGUACUAUGACCAUGAAUCCAACAAAUGUGUUCAUAGCGAGUGCGGGCACUACACCCAGGUGGUUUGGCGAGACACAAAGUAUCUUGGGUGUGCCAGGUCCAAGUGCGACAAUGGCUGGGUGUUUGUCACUUGCAACUAUUAUCCUUCAGGAAAUUAUUAUGGCGAGCGUCCAUAUUAAAUUCUUUUACUGAUGAGUACCUGUGAUCGAGUAUAUAUGUUGUUGCUCCUGUUUGUGUGGCAGUAAUCGAAUGUGUAUGAUCUUUGGAUGGAUACGAUGAAAAUGAAAUCAUUACUAUUACUAUUAUUAAUGGAGAAGAUAUUAUAAGUUUCUCUAUGAUCCACUAUAUAUACUUCUCCCAAACUUGAUUGUCGAUCUGGUUUGGUUUUGUGCUGCAGAAUGAGGUAGCGCGCAGCUGCUUCUGUUUGUUUGGUUUUUUGUUUUGUGCUGUUGAAGUUUCUGGUUCUGUAGCAGCGGUGGGGACAGAUAUAUGGGGUUUUCAUUGUUUGAUAGGUUUUUUGUCUAGUUGGUAGAUUUUGGUGUUUUGUAGUUGUAUAAUUGGUUGAUAUCCAUGUACUGUUCUGUAGUAUCAUUGUGCCUCAACUACCUAUUUGCUUUGCUGAAGA